UUUUAAAUAUUUUUAUUAUUUAUUUUUCGAUAAAGAAUUUCUAGACUUGUGUAUAAUAUAACAUUCUAAUUUCAAGUCACAUGAUAUAACGGCAAAGUUUAAUCGUUUAUCUUUGGAACAAUCAGCACAGCAGAUCUAUCAUCGUUCCGUUGUUACUUAUUAGCACACAAUAACGACAUACCAUAAGCCCACUGCAAGGCACACGUGUUUAGGUACAUACCCUAACAGAGAUAGUGUUUACAUUCUGCUAUAGGGCUCUGCGUGGUCGAUUUUGCAGCUCGUAAAAGCUAUUUUGCAUGAAAUCGCGGAAAUGAUCCAUCAAUUAUAGUUACCACACUUGUUUAAAUUCAAAACCGCAGUUGGUAUGUUCUUGAAAAAAGUAACUUAAAUUAUACGUUGAUUACAUUGGGGCAGUGUUAUGAAUGUAUCAGAAACAUAAUACAGUAUAACCCCGGUUAUCCGAAAUAAUGUGUUCAGGGUGAUCGCAUAAUCGAUUUUUUCGGAUAAUCGGAUAACUGGCAUUAUGAUUACAUUCUAAAGAAAAAUUAUAAUUUCUUACAUCUUCUUUUCUUUUUUUAUAUUUCUUUGUCUAUAUUUACGUACUACACGUAUUACACAUGUGUAUGUACAUAUACUUUGUACGAAUAUGUGUACAUACACUUACACAUAUUUAUAGGCAAAUAAUAUUACAUAAAAAUAAAAAUUAAUAAGUGUACAUACUUAAUUUCAUUUUAUUUUGAUUUUCAUUCAAAUUAUUACUUGACAGAAUUCAAAAGAAAAGGAAAUGACACUGAGAAACUAAAAUAUAUAAAAAAUUUAAAAGGUAAAUAGUAUUAACCCUGAUAUUAUUUAAAAAGUAGGCAAAUGUAACACAAAGUGACAAGGUGUUAUAAAAAAACUAAUUUUUGAAAUAAAAUUACUACGAAUGAAAUUUGUCAUAAAAGUUAUGACAAUAUAAGGUUGGGCUGUAUUUUCAAAAACCUCUCAAAUCCGAUUUGCUUCAUUUUAUAUAAAAAUAAGGUUUGCGAGAAGGAUUUUUGGUGAUUCGACAUGGUGAAUGGUGAUUCUGUGAAACACAUUUUACUGUGGUAAUGUAACUCUCUGUACAAUAUAUACUAGUUAAAAUAAAGUGGGAAAACUCAGUCUCAGUUAGGACAAAAUAAAUAUAUUCUUAAACAUAUACCUAAUAAUAUAUAUCAUGUUUUAUAAAUUAGGUUAAGUUUUAAUUUUUUUAAAUGGGCCAGUAUUGUAGCGGUUUUCACCAUCGAUGAGGAACCUGCCACCUUGAUCACAUUUCAACCGUUUAUCAUUUCUAUUCAUUCAACUUUAUUAUCCCAAAAUAAUUAUACAUUUAUUCGCUUAUAUCAUUCAAAACGGAAGAACGUAUUAAACAUUUAUAAAGUCUAAUUCAAUAAAUUGAUUUACAAUAAUUUCGCUUGAACUGAGAUGGCGCUUAAAUCCGUUUCUGAUAGCCCUAAUUUUCGAUUAAAUUUGGGUUGUUUUACCGACGCAGAAUUCAGAUUUCAGCUACAACGCUUGUAUCGCCUUAAAAAUCAAUAUGGUAAAGACAUUCCCAUAUUGGAUCUUAAUACUUGAAUUGCUAAAAUUCCUCUCCGCAAAUAUCGUUUUUUUGUUAAAUGAAGCUAUUUACAAAAUGUCAGCCAAAUUCGAAUUGACAGAUUUUCGGAAAUUUAGCCCUGGAAUGUUAUCUACAGUCGAACAUGUACCUAAAGUUUGUUGUACUUGCUUCUAAAUUACCAUUUGACAAUGUUUUUAACGCUUUUAUCAUUUGUUGCUAUUAUUUUAUGAUUAUUUAUUAAUAAGUAAAAUUAUUGAAUAAUAAAUAAACCACCUAUUUACCAUAAAAAGUAGGGAAAUUAAUAAAAUAUAAAAAAUUAAGCAAUAAUUUAAUGCUUGAGCACUAAAAUUUUCAUAAAUUCCAAAAGUGGAAUUAAUUACUUUGAUUUAUGAACGACUCAAAUAACAAUAUAGUAAAUAAUUGUGGAAAAUGAUGUUUUUAUACACCAUAUGCGAAUAUUCGAGUAUCUUAUCCGUGGAACUGAUAUCAGUAGUUUCAUCUUCUGUCUACGAGAGGUCAGGCACAAGGAGAGUGAUUUCGAAAAGCGGUUUAUCGUUCGAUACCUUCUAUUGACCCUUUGCCGUAUAAUAUCGUAUCGCAUUCACGACACAACUUACAGUUGAACUUACAGUUGAAUUUUGAGUUAAAUUCUGAUAAUAAUUUGCCCAGUCAAGUACCGUUAAAUACCAUGUAAGCAUGAUAUUUAAAUUUUCAUUAUUUAUUUUAAAAUGCAAGCAAUGAAUAACUAUCGAAAAAAUAAUAGCAGAAGGGAUGAAUGCUUUGAUGACCAUAUAUUUUCAUGGAAUCUACGACUCUUGUUAUUUUAUUCUUUUGUCUUUAUACUUAACAAGAAAUUGUUAAUAAAUUACAUUUGAGUACAUACUUCGUUUAAUAUAUACUGAGACUUUAUUCAUUUUCAAAUUGUAAUCACUAUUUAAUAAAAAUAAUAGAUAAAGAGAAGGUGAAAAAUAGUAGCAUAAAAAAUUAAACAUCAAAGUUGCAAAUACCUUCAAGAACCAGCUCAGCCUGAUGGCGCGCACGAUCGAUCGAUUUAUCGAUCCGGAGUUGCCCAUCGCGAUCGAUGCGUAAGUCAUAGGUCUUCUCUCUCAUUCGCGCGCAAGACCCACGCCGACGCCAUUAUUAUAUUCUUAAUUAACCAGUGCAGAGGUGUCCAUCUCAUUGUCAGUUCUUUUAUGUUACUCAAGAACGUAUCAACUUAUGUGUAAAAUACCUUUGUACAAGCUCAUCCAAAUAUCUAACCACCAUGCAGGCUUUAUCAGAUACAGCUUAUUUACACUAUUAACUGAACAAGCACGUGAGUCGUCAACCACGUGCUUCUCAUUCACGCUCAAAAACAUUCACAACCAAAGCGGGCUGAAUUAACGGCGCUCAGACUCACUCGACCAUCUUAUUCACAAGCCAACUUCUCUGACACUCAGGUGGCGUUCAGGCAGCUCACUGUAAUACCAGAUCAUCGACGGCCGAUAAGGAAGAGAGCAGAUCAUCGAUAUGGCACAGCUAUUAAGGACCACUGACAAAUGGAGUGAGAUUCAGAGUGAUGAUUCGCAGGAGACAUUGGAGGUGUCGGAGCUGAACCCCUCACCUCGCACCUCGUCAGUGCUGCACUUACAUGCGACCAGGGCCAGCUUACCGGCAACGCUACCAAUAGAACUGCAGCUCAAGGUGCGGACGCAAAUGGGACGGCUCACCUCUAUUCAGGACGUGCACGAGGCAGUGAUAAAAAACUCAGGGGACCUCUCAAUGGAGGAAUUAGCCGAUCUGAAGGCACAGAUAGAAGAAGCGCUCAAGGCCUUCAACCAAGAGCAUGCUUACUUGGAGGUCGUGUGGCCUACCUCGAUGGCUCAUCAUGAGUAUUUUGAAGCAAACUGCCACUUGCAAAUGCAGAGAGCUUGCUCUGCGGUCAAAAGAUUCAUCGCCAAGGAGAAGGCAUCGCUUCUCAACUUAAGGUCAACUCAACAACUGGAGACACUACCGGUCAUCUCACUGCCCAAGUUCACUGGGAGCUACACCGAUUGGCCACCAUUCUUUGAGCUAUUCUCAUCAAUGAUUUUAACAAACACCAGAUUACAGAAUGUAGAAAAGUUUUACUACCUGAAGCGGUGUCUGGAGGGAGAGCCAGCUCAACUGAUCUCUAACCUCCCCCUGACAGACGCCUCCCUGCAGUCCGCACUAGAACAAUUAAGGACUCGGUAUGAGAAUAAAAGACUGCUCAUUCAGGCACAUUUAGAUCAGCUCUUGGCUUUGCCUGCUACCAAGCACCAUUCUGCAAGGUUGCUCAACCAACUUCUCACCGCCGCGAUUGAGAACAGGAACGCGGUCCUCAACCUGGUCGAUCCGAAUCAACUGGCGGACUGUAUAUUAGUCCACCAGGUGAGCAGCCGCCUAGAUGGUGCCACGAAGAAGAUGUGGGAGUCCUCAUUGGAGGCAACCAACGAAUACCCCACCUUCGAUCAGCUCACUCAGUUUGCCACGUCACGUGUACGAAUUUUGGAACGGCUCGAGGCAGAUCAAAACAAGUCAGCUCAACCGCAGUCCAAACAGGCGCCUCCACCGGAACAGCCAGUUCAGCCCGCACGGAUCAGAAGAACAAUUUCGCAUCAGGCAGUUCCGAGAGCCUCACCGUAUGAAGCCUGCGAUUGUUGCGGUCGCGGCCAUUACAUUGUUGCAUGCAGCCAGUUCAGGAGGAUGAGCAUAAAGGACCGGUUCAUGUGUGUACAGCUCAAUCGACUGUGCUACAACUGCUUGGGCAGGCACCCAUUGAAGGCCUGCAAAACGACUCGAGAGUGCAAGCUCUGUUCAACGCGGCACCACACGAUGCUUCAUGGAAGCGAGGUCGCUUUUAUGACCACAUCGACUCAACCACCUGCUUCUCAUCCUAAGCAAAGGGCAGGCUCAUCCCAGGCAUACUCAUUUACUUCACCAGGAGCGCGAUGAGGACCUAGCACAGUCGUCAGUUCAACUAAUUCAUCUCUACUCACAACAGCUCAUGCUCACAACAUUAGUUUCCACUCAUCAAAUUAGGCUCCUUAUAGACUCCGGCUCAGCAUUAUCUUUCAUAUUGGAACCAGCACAUCCGCUCACUUAACCUCCAAAGACACCGCUUAACCACGAUCAGUCGAUGUGAUGAUUGGAGCCGACUACUAUGGAUCCAUCAUCAACCAAACGUCAUCAAGGGCAUACCGUCAAUACCAUUGGCUCAACUUUCAAUAUUUGGAUGGUUCAUUCUUGGCCCAGUUAACAUGUCUCACUCACGUAAUUACCAUCCUCACUUUGCAGUUGCUCACGACGACCAGAAUGAUCUGCAAGAGCUGCUCACUGCAAGGGCAAAUUAAAGUUGGAAAGUACAAAAAAAUAUUAUAUUCUGUGUAAUUAUUUUAUUGUUGAUUUAUAAACGAAAAGAAAAUAUUUUCUAAAACUAUUCUCUUUCUAUACUGAAAAUAAAAAAUGA